AUGAAGCUCUUAGUAUUCCUCACCUUGGUAGCUGUCGCUACAGCUCGUCCGGAAGACAGUUACGAGAAGUAUGAAAACUUUGACGUGGAAGAACUGGUGUCCAAUGUACGUCUGCUGAAAUCUUAUAUAGCAUGUUUCCUUGGAGAAGGGAAAUGCACUCCCGAAGGCAACGACUUCAAAAAAUGGAUACCAGAAUCUGUUCAAUCCAAUUGCGGUAAAUGUUCCGACCAUCAGAAGCAUCUCGUCGGUAAGGUUAUCAAAGCCUCCAUGGACAAACUUCCAGAAGAAUGGAAAAAACUUAACGCCCUCCACAAUCCAGACGGAAAAUACGACGAAGGCGUGAAAAAUUUCGUGGAGAAAUAUGGGCAAUAA